UCUUUGCGUCUCUUGUUGGUGGUGACUAAUACUAUGCUGCUGCUUCAAUCUCAAAUUGGUGACGGUGGUGGUGGCCGUCGUCCUCUAAAUUGGUCUCACAUCAAUCAAGGAGCUGACGGAGAAUGGAGGGAUCCUCCUCCUCCCCCUCCUCUUCCUAUUCCUCGCCGUCUUCGGCCAUCUUCUAUGACUUUCUCGACCGAAUGCGAAACCCUGCUUCCCUCGAUCUCGUCCGGUCCAUAAAAAGCUUUAUUGUAUCGUUUUCGUUUUACCCUGCCAACCCUGAAAAUGAUGGCAAAAGAGUUCAAGAGUUCUUCGCGACAAUGGAAGAUUCAAUUAGGGAUCAUCCCUUGUGGGCAGGUGCCACUGAUCAAGAAGUUGAAAGUGCAAUGGAGGGUUUGGAGAAGUAUGUCAUGACGAAAUUGUUCUCCCGGACCUUUUCUUCAUCUCCUGAGGAUGCAAAGAUUGACCUUGAAGUCUCACAGAAAAUACAGUUGUUGCAGACUUUCUUGAAGCCUGAGCAUCUCGAUAUUCCGCUAGUUCUACGCAAUGAAGCUUCAUGGCUGCUUGCAGAAAAAGAGUUGCAGAAAAUCAAUGCUUUCAAAGCCCCUCGUGAGAAGCUUCUCUGUAUCAUGAAUUGUUGCAAGGUCAUUAACAAUCUGUUGCUCAAUGCAUCAAUGUCAGAAAAACAUGUACUAGCUGGAGCUGAUGACUUCCUUCCUGUCCUUAUAUAUGUUACGAUCAAGGCCAAUCCUCCACAAUUACAUUCCAACCUCAAAUUUAUCCAGUUAUAUCGAAGGCAGGCAAAACUUGUGUCAGAAGCGGCCUAUUACCUCACCAAUCUUGUCUCAGCUAAAACAUUUAUCUCUGAGUUAAAUGCUAAAUCUCUUUCGAUUGAUGAAAUCGAAUUUGAAGAGAAUAUGCAAGCAGCGAGACUGACCAAUAAAGAGACACAAAAGGAGGCCACACCCACUCUGGAAGAAAUGACAACCUCACAAGAUCAUGAAGAUCCUGGCCCUUCAUUGAGAUCGCAUGAUAAAGAAACAAGGGGUGGGUCAAAUUACCCCUAUAUGGACAAAGAAGCUGGGGAUUUGACAGUUGGAGAUGUGGAGAGGUUGCUGAGUGUGUACAAGGAAGUUGUUACCAAGUAUACUAGCUUGUGCACCGCUUUUAGGCAGCUUUCAUUAUCUAGGAUAGAAAACCAUGUCACUAAUAUAGAAGAUAGAAACGUCUCAUCAACACAAUCGGCAGAAACAGGUAUGAAUUCAGGUCAAAGAGAUGGAGAGUGAAGAGGUAGAUGUAAUUUUGCUAGAUCAAUUACCAAAUCAUGACACAAAUUUCAUUGGAUUACAAUAAAUAUUUUUGUUUUUCUUUCCAUUUAA